AUGGCCAUUUCGUGCAGACUGAAGUUUGUGUUCAGUCAGCCAUUAAACACAGUCGGCCAGGUAAUUCACCUGUGUAAAGGAGCGCUACGUAGGACCAGACGCGGAACUAGAGCAGGGAUACGUGUUCAGCGAGAAAUUCGCGUUCUCACAAGUAAGAAUUACAGACACCAAAGCAUAACUUGCUACAGACAACAGGGUGUUAAUAGUAAUAACCUUAUCUGGUUACCAAUCGUGAAUAAUGUAGAUUCCAUGAUAACCGGAAGUGAAAUUACACACAAAGAAAAAAAUUCAAAUAAACAAUGCAGAUCGAAAAGUCAUGAAGGCGGAACACAUUCUAGUAGAAAACCGAGAAUACUAAGGAAUAUUAAUGUUCAGCCACCAAGCCCAGCGCAACACAAACAUAAUAUUGUGCUAGGUGUCCUAAAUUGUCGAUCAGUUAAGAACAAAACUCUUUCGCUAAAUGACUACAUUGUGUCUAAUAAACUGGAUAUUUUUGCAAUGACUGAGACCUGGUUAGGUUCUACUAUAGAUGAUAUUGUGAAACAAGAGUUAAUACCAACAAGCUAUGAUUUCCUUUAUCUCAAUAGAGAGAACCGGCGGUGUGGUGGUAUUACCAUAUUAUUCAGGAAAGAAAUUGACAUAAAACACCUCCCUAAUAAGGAACUGGAUAUUGACCAAUUUGAGUACAUGGAUUUUUCAGUAUGUCUGGAUAAAACAUGUAUCAGACUGAGUGUCAUUUAUAGGCCCCCGCCAUCAAAAACAAAUGACUUGCGAACCAGCCUAUUUUUUGACCAAUGGAAUUCUUACUUUGAUCAAACUGUCACCAUCCCUCAUGAGACUAUAAUAACUGGAGAUUUUAAUUUUCAUAUCGACGAUGAAAAUAACCCGAAUGCUGUACAGUUUCUACAAACAUUAGAAGAUCAUAACUUGACACAGCAUAUUACCACGGCUACCCAUAAUCGUGGACAUAUACUGGAUCUCCUCAUAACAAAAUCUGAAUCAACUAUAUUUAAGACCAAACCAUCAGUGCAAGAUCCAAACUUGUUCGAUGCACAUGGAAACUCGUUUUGUGAUCAUUAUUCCAUUCAAGCCGUGCUAUCAUGUAGCAAACAAAAGCGCAUCAAGAAAGAAAUAACUUUCCGCAAAUGGAAAAACGUUGACCUAGACGAGUUAUCAAAGGAUAUCAAUCUUGAAAUACCUGAUACAAGUUUGCCUGUUGCUCAAUUAGUUGACCAUUAUAACACCCCAUUACGAAACACUGUGGAAAAACAUGUUCCCUUAUGUACAAAAUCUGUUCUACUUCGACCAAACACCCAGUGGUUUUCCGAAGAACUCGGUGAUGCAAAACGCAAGAGACGCAGAGCCGAAAGAGUUUGGCGUAGGACAGGACUAGAGGUUCAUCGACAAAUUUUUAGGGACAUGUGUUCUACGACAGCCAGACUUGUCUAUAAAACCAAACAAGACUAUUUUUCUCAAAAGAUUGAAGAAUGCGGUAAGGACUACAAGCAACUAUUCAAAUUGUCGAAGACACUGAUGGGAAAACAACAGGAAAGUAUUCUACCAUCGUCGACAUCUAAUAGAGAGUUGUCUAACGCAUUCUCUGAAUUCUUCAUUAACAAAGUGGCCACAAUUAGAGAUGGUCUUAAAGAACUUACUACCUUUAACAUGGAAAGAACUAUGGAUAAGGAUAUUCCAUUCAGCGGCGAGCCAUUGCUGAACUUCAGACCCACAAGAAACGACGAAGUGAGAACAAUUCUAGGCAAAGCACCGACCAAAUCGUGUGAACUUGACCCACUCCCGACGUCGAUUUUAAAAAUGAACUUGGAUGCUAUAGUUCCAUUUAUUACCAACAUUAUAAAUAUCUCAUUCGACCAAUCAGAAGUACCAUCACUGUUCAAGGAGGCAUUAGUAAGACCAUUACUGAAGAAAUCUGGACUCGAUAAAGACUGUCUAUAA